UUAAAGAGCAGAAAUUAAGCAUUAUUUACACCUUCAGUAAGCCAUGAAUUUGAGUAUGAGCACUGUAGCUACUAAAAUUGAGCGUUGGGCUUCGAGUAUUUGGUGGUUGUUAAUGAUGAUGAUUGCUAUUUUAAUAUUCCGACCUACACAAGGAGGUUGCAUAGAAGAGGAGAGAAGAGCCUUGCUGGACAUCAAAUCCUCUUUUAUUAACUCAUAUGAUUCAAAUCCAGAACAUCUUCUCCCCACAUGGAUUGAUUAUGGCAAUGGCAGCGAGUGUUGUGAUUGGGAGAGGGUCAAGUGCAACACAACCACAGGCCAUGUCACAGAGCUUUCUUUGUGUAACGUGAAUGAAAUAUCAAACCAACAUGUAAGCUAUGGGUUCAGGGGAUAUUGGCCAUUGAAUGUUUCCCUCUUUCUUCAUUUUGAAGAGCUAACAAGUCUCAAUUUGUCAAAUAAUUAUCUUGAUGGUGCGAUCAUGAAAACAGAACUUGGAAAGUUGAAAAGUUUGAAAAAGCUAGAGAUACUAGACCUCAGCAGGAAUUUUGAUAUUGACAAUGGCAUCAUUCCAUCAUUGGGUGCACUCACUUCACUCAAAAUUUUGGAUCUUAGCACAACCGACUUGGGGGGAUACUUCCCUACUAAUGGAAAAAGUUUGCACCCUUUUUUUACGUAUAUUGCAGAAUUUGCAGCUUUAGAAAACUUGGAGAUGUUGGAUCUAACUGGCUGCCACUUUAGUGGUACAUUCCAAAUACAAGGUUCUGAGAGGGUUUCAAUAUUGAAUAAGUUAGAGAUUUUGAACCUUGGGGGCAAUAACUUCAAUGACAGCCUUAUUACAUCUUUACGUUUCAUUCCAUCACUUAAAACCCUAGAUCUUCAUGGUAUCGCACUAUCUCGAUCAUUUCCAGCUCAAGAACUAGCUCAUCUGACUAACCUCGAGAAGUUGGAUUUGAGUUUUACUGGGCUGAAAGGAAUACCAAAUAUCGAAGCUUGUAAGCAAUUAUCAAGAUUGAAAAGGCUGGAGAGUAUAGUUCUUCCCUCUAACAAUUUCAACAAGAGCAUCAUAUCCUGCCUAAGUUCCCUCCCAUCCCUGAAGAUCCUUGAUCUUUCAGUUUCUUUCCUAUGGGGAAGUUCCUUUCCCUUCCAAGUUUCUUAUCCAGCUAAUUCAGAAUUCGAUAUGUUGCCUACUUUGGAAGCCCUGUUCCUGAAAACUAAUGGUUUCCGUGGAACACUACCAAUGGAAGCUUUCACAUCUUUACACAAUCUGGAGGUCUUAGAUUUGAGGGAGAACAAUUUUGUUGGGAUCAUCCCAUCAGCAAUACAGGCAUUAUCUUCCCUAAGAGUUGUCUCAUUCGCUAACAAUAAGCUCAACGGCUCAUUACCAGAUGGCUUCUGUGAAUUGAAGAACCUCCGUGAGUUGGAUCUUAGUGACAACAUGUUCGAUGGAAGUCUGCCUCAAUGUUUCAGUAGUCUAUCAUCUCUUAAGUUGUUGGAUAUUUCUUCAAAUCAAUUCACAGGCAAACUUCUGCCAUCACUCAUUGCUAAUCUCACGUCUCUUGAGUACGUUGAUUUUAGUCAUAACAAAUUUGAAGGUUCAUUCUCGUUCAGCUCGUUCUCCAAUCAUACAAAGCUUGAGGUAGUUGUAUUUAGCAGCGACAACAACAAAUUUGAGGUGGAAACAGAAGAGCCUAUUGGUUGGAUUCCAAUGUUCCAGUUGAAAAUUUUAGCGCUAUCCAAUUGCAAUGUGAACAGGCGUAAAGGACAAGUUGUUCCUAGGUUUCUACUUCACCAACGAGAGUUAAUAUUGGUAGACGUAUCUCACAACUCCUUGGAGGGACAGUUUCCAAAUUGGUUGAUUGAUAAUAAUGUGAAUCUACAAAUUCUUAAUCUAAGGAACAACUCCUUUGGUGGUAUUAUUCUUAUGCCAUUACUUACGAAUUCUAAUAUGAACGGUUUGGAUAUCUCUGAAAAUCACAUGAAUGGUACUAUUCCGGAAGAAAUGCAAAAGUUCCUUCCUUACAUAUCUGUUUUAAAUCUGUCUAGGAAUGCCUUAAGUGGUGUUAUCCCGUCUUCAAUAUGUAAUUUGAGUGAAUUAUUGAUAAUGGAUUUAUCUGACAAUGAGUUAUCAGGAGAAGUCCCAAAGGAAUUCCUUACAAACCACUCUCAGAUAAGUAUAUUAAAAUUAUCAAGGAACAAAUUGCAUGGUCAGGUACUAUCAGGAAACUUACGCUUGGGUAACUUCCGUAGAAUUCACUUAGAUAGCAAUAAUUUCACAGGGGAAAUUGGAACUAAGAGCACGGAAAUUUAUGAAGGUCUGAGUGUUCUGGAUAUUAGCAAUAACUUUUUUACUGGCAUGAUCCCUGCUUGGAUUAGCAACAUGAGAGGAGUUGAUGUCAGGUGCGAACUCCUGGCAAGAAAUAAUAGUUUAGAAGGCAGCUUUCCAUGUGGAACAGCUCAAUUCUCGUUUCUGGAUAUCUCACAAAAUUCUUUCUCUGGGCCCAUCCCAUCUUGCUUAGAUUUGCAAUAUAUGGAGCAUCUUCAUUUGGGUUCUAAUAGAUUCACAGGAUCGGUGCCUAAUGCCUUCCGCAAUUUGACUAAUGUUUUGACUUUGGACAUAGGCAACAAUAACUUAUCAGGCAUGAUUCCCGAAUUUCUUGGAGAACUAUCCAAAUUAAGGAUUCUUCUUUUGAGAAAAAAUAACUUUAGUGGUGUGAUUCCGAAGCAGUUGUGCAAAUUAAGUAAUGCAAGCUUGAUAGAUGUAUCUUAUAACUCACUCUUUGGUUCAAUACCUAGCUGCCUACAAAAUAUUACUGGUCCUGUCCACCUCGCUUUCAUAGAAAAAAGCCUUAUGACUUACAGUAUUAUGUCAUUUUAUACUCACAGUAGUGUUCUAAAUAAGAUGUUUUAUCCCCAAAGGCUCAAUUGGAUGUUUGAAACACAAGACGAAGUUCGGUUUACAACAAAAAGUCUCUCUCUCCCCUACAAAGGUGACAUUCUUGAUAUCAUGUCGGGAUUGGAUCUAUCAUGUAACAAACUUACAAGUGAAAUUCCAGAAGAAUUGGGGUUGUUAACACAGAUUCGUGCUUUGAACCUGUCUCACAAUCAGCUGAUUGGACCUAUUCCAGUAAACUUUUCAAAUCUUGCAAAUAUAGAGAGCUUGGACCUUUCUUCAAAUGGUUUGACUGGAAAACUUCCAUCAGAACUUAUUAAGCUGACUUCUCUGUCUAUUUUCAAUGUUUCUCACAACAAUCUAUCAGGCAGACUCCCAGAAAUGAAAUCACAAUUUGGUACAUUCACAGAGGCAAGCUAUGAAGGGAAUCCACUUCUUUGUGGACCGCCACUAGAGAAGAAAUGCACGACUAAUUCACAGGUGACCCAUCCAUCAGUUGAAGAAGACAAUGACAAAUGGUAUGAUAUCAACAUGACAUCUUUCUAUGGAAGUUCUAGUUCCACAUGUAUUGUGGUAUUAUUUGGAUUUUUUGCACUUCUUUACAUCAAUCCUCACUGGCGUAGAAGGUGGUUGGACUGGGUUGAAGAUUGUAUGUUCACAUGUUAUUACUUCUUUCAUAAAUUAGUAAGCAAGCUUGCCACACCCUUUCACAAAUAGGUACUCCUUAACGUUAAUGUCAAAUAGAAUAUACUCAAACUUGCUUUUGUAUGUAUUUAUUGGUGUUUGUUUUGAUAUAUGGAUGAUGGUAUAAAUAGGCUAGUAAU